CAUGUGGAGAGGCUGAGGGCUGUGAACAUCUGGCUGUGAGUGAUGUAAAACGCUACUGUGAAAGGAAAAAUUCGACCGAAAAAAAAAACAAUUAAAGAACCUUCAUUUAAAAAAAAAAGGGGGAUUUUUAGAAGAACAGCCUGCGGUAACUGAGAUCCGUCAGAGACUUGUCAGAGCUGAAGCAUGGACAGCGAGGUGGGCGAGAUGAACACCAGCAUUGACGAUCCUUUGAGCCCGAGGAUCCCGACCGGGUUGGGGAUGACUUGUCUUCUAAGUCAAAAGUACAGACACUCUGGGCCCGGCCUCACCAGUCCUCAGGAGUACAACCAGUGGCUGCCAAACCGCCAUGACGCCAGCCUGCUGCCCAUGAAAGAAGACCUGGCCUUCUGGCUCAACACACUCAUGGGUGUGGACCUCACAGCCGACAGUCUGAUGGAGAGGUUGGAUAACGGCGUUUUCCUCUGUCAGCUGGCACAGCUGCUGCAGGAGCAAAUGCGCCACACCAACAAUGGCAAGCCCUUCAUGAGGAGAGUGAUCCACUGGCGAGCCGAUGCAACCUCAGGAUCGUUUUUCGCCCGAGACAACGUCGCCAACUUUCUCUACUGGUGUCGAAAGAUCGGGGUUGAUGAAGCUUAUCUCUUUGAGUCAGAGGAUUUGGUCCUCCACAAGCAGCCUCGGGAGGUGUGCCUGUGCCUGAUGGAGCUGGGACGGAUUGCAGCCAGAUAUGGAAUUGAGCCUCCAGGGUUGGUAAAGUUGGAGAGAGAGAUAGAAAGGGAGGAGGCUGGGUGUCUAUCUCCGUCAUCCCCUCUGCCCUUCUCCUUCUUUCCUCCUACAUCAUUGUAUUCACCGUCACAGUCAUCCCUGCCCGAAGCCCCCUCUCCUCCCCCUCCUUCUCCCCCUCCUCCCCCUCCUCCCCCUCCUCCACCUGCGCCCCUCACUCCAAGCACAACCUGUGUGUCUGAAACCCUACUUGGCUGCCUCGCGUCUGAUCUUCCAUCAGCCACAACAAACCAAGCACCUCCAUGUUUACCCCCUCCUCUGUCCUCUAACCCGUGUACAACCACAGCCUCAACACAAACACCUUUGUUCUCUUUAUCCUGCACCAACAACACAUCUGUUCCAACUUCACCGUCAGUGCCCUCACCAGGCCAGACACUGAACCAUCACACUCCAACAGCUAAAAUCCCCAUCGCCUCCCCACCUGCAACCAAGACUCCUCGCUCCUCCAGCAAAUCUUCGAGGUGGAAGAGCACGGGAACCCCCGACAUUUUGGACGAUAUUGUGAGAAACAUUAUUGAGAAUCCCCCCUGCAGCUGUCCCACCAGGUUCCUUGUUCAGAAGCAACCUAAAGGCUGCUAUCGUGUUGGAGACAAAGUUCUGUAUAUACGGAUGCUGAACGAGCGUCAUGUUAUGGUGCGUGUAGGCGGCGGCUGGGAGACCUUCAUCAGUUACCUGCACAAACACGACCCCUGCAGGGGAGGAGCAGCAGGUGGGCGAUCUGAGGUCAGGGUCUGCAGGAACAAAGUGAAGCCGCCCAGUCCGAACAUGUCACCUGACAGCUACAUGGUAGUGGGUGCCCAUUACCGCAGCAAGAAGUAGAGUCUGACAACGGCUCGUUUUUUUUCUUCUUACAAGUGAACAUUUCACUUAAUCAGACCAAACUGUACAAGGUACAGGCUUUCAUGCAGUAUUUUCAACUCUACUUUAAGAUCUCUGACCUGAUUGUGAUCUGUAUGAAAGCUCCAACCUACUCUGAAUAUGUUUCAUGACUGUAUAUAUUCAACAUUUAGUGACUCGAUGACGUAACAUUUCUUGCUUUUGUAAAAUAAAACAAGCAUCAUGAAUACAAUAAUAGGAACUAAAAGGAACUAUUACAGGAAUAUGUAAUUAUUUUCUGACUUUUUUUUUACAGACUAUAAAUGCUUUCCUUAAGCAUAAUGAAAUAACAUUUUCUAGGAAGAUUCUGUGUGGUAUAGAUUUCAAUAAAGUAGCUUAAUUUGUUCUUAUAUAUAUAUCUUAUGUAUGGAUGUAUCUUUGUGUAUUCAAACUGAUCAAACUGUCAUGUUUUCAUGGAGAGUAAAGUAGUUCAAAAAGGUUUGGUGAAUGCAGUUUUAUAGACUUAUACUAGAGGAAAGUGUUGUUGUUUUUUUACAUUAUAAUUUCAUGAAAUAAUUGGAUCAUAUUUGAUCAUUUAUUAAAUGAUGGAUGCAAAAACCUCCUGUGUGUUUCUUGUUUUUCCUGUACUUUUACAUUACAGGCCUGUAGCCGAGAUUUCAUCACCUUAUCCUUAAAAAGGUGAAGCCACCAAACAUGGAGUCCUCCCUCUAGAUGGCACCAUGUCCUCAGUGACCAAAGGCCUACUUCUCCAUGCUUGAUUGGAGGAGGGGGCUGUCAACAAUUAUCAUAUAUGAUUGUGUCUUUACACACAUUCAUCUUUUAGUUUGACCCUUUGAAUUCCAUAAACCUGAAACCAACAAGAGCACAAAACACAAAGCUGUCUCCAUGUGUUGCUG